UAAGGUCGGUUAUACUAUGGUACCGUUUCAUUUGAAGACAUGGAUAGCGGUACAAAUAAUAUCAGUUAGCCUAGCAAGUAUUGAUGAUAAAAUACGGAGUCUUACAUCCACAGUGACACGAGAAAACUUUAGGCUGGAGGGGCAUUUAAUCGAAAGUGUUAUUGUAGACAGUCAAAUAACAUGCAGCCAUUAUUGCGUGAAGAAUACUCGUUGCCUCUCAAUCAACUACAAAAAGUUCCAAACAGACCUUAAAGGACGCUGCGAGUUAAACUUUGCUGGUUUAUCAAAUGAUCUCGACAACAAGUAUCUGAUACCAACAAAAGAAUUCGUCUUCUCACAAAUACGAUGUCGCAAGGAGGAUGAAACGAGGUGCCCUAACAUGGAUAGAAUUUCGUCAGAUUUCUCACUUGAGUUUCCUGUUCGAAACGGCAAUGGCGUGGUCUAUAACAAGAAUAUGGAUAGGGUGCUUACUAAAUUUACCCUCUGUCUUUGGAUGAAAACGCAAAGUCAAGGAACUGUAUUCAGUUAUGCAUGGCAAAACAGAAUGAACGAAAUUAUCAUAAUGAACAGUCCCGAGCUGCAGCUAUAUGUUGGAGGUCAACAUACACCAAGAGCAGUCAUAUCCGUCCGUGAUGGUGAGUGGCACCAUGUAUGUGCCACCUGGCGGAAUACCGAUGGCCAAAACAAGAUCUUUAUCGACGGGAAACUAGAAGAAAAUGGUACUGGACUUCAGGCUGGUCAUAUAAUAGAAAAGGGAGGGGUCGUUGUAUUGGGUCAAGAGCAAGAUUCUCUCGGUGGUGGCUUCCAGGACAACCAAGCCUUAGUUGGUAAAAUUGCAAAUUUGAACCUGUGGGAUACCAUUCUUCCUCUCAAAGAGAUCGUAGAAAUGUCGAAAAAUUGCUUCUCAAGAAAGGGUAAUGUUUUAAGUUGGGAGCAAUUCAGGAGCGACAUUCGAGGCACAGUUAAGGUUCAUGAGCCUUCUUUGUGUAGAGCCCCAUAAAGUUUGAACCACACUUACAUACAUGAAUCUUCUUCUUUAAAUUAAAUUUGGACAAAAUAAAAGAGAGAUGACGAGAAAACUACAUAUAUACAGCUAAACAAAUCCAAACGAAAUAGAGAGAGAGAACUUCUCGUCCUUAAAGGAGACUGUCUGGGGUCAAGCAAUGAAAGUAGCUCGCAUGUCAUCCCAUUUCAGACGACAAUAGUGUUGUGAAUUAGUGAGAUAAAAACUUAUGAUUAUCGAAUUCGAAGCUACUGAUAGCUGAGCCAUGGAUAGAUAUCGUGGUCUU